AUGUUAGCAACGAAAAGCUUGAUGUCAGCUCGGACUAUAUCAAGACGUAACACUGACAUCGGUUUGACUUCGGUUUUAUUUGAAAUUCAAAUUACGCAGAGAACAAACUUAUUUGAUUUUCAUGAGGACAACUGUCUUUUAUUUCCUGUAGCAAGCACAUUCCGUAUUUGUUCUGUUGAUCAAGGACCAGAUGGAGUAUGGUAUGUUAAAAUGAAUUACACAAGUGAACCAGAUUUGGAAAUAGUUAUACAACAAUUGCAAUACGAAGUAAAAGAACCGUUAAAUUGGCUCACAUUUGGUCAUUAUCUACGCUGUCUUAAACUUGUAGAUGAAGCAAAAGAAUAUUACAGUUUUUGGUUGCGCACUCUUGCGGAGGAUCAUCCUGAUAUAUUCUUUAUCCAUCAUCAUUUUGGCUUAUUGUAUGCUGAAAUCAAAGAAGUUUCAAAAGCACUUCAUCAUAUGAACAAAGUUGUGCAAUGUCCUCAAUUCAUUCUCGAAGAAGUUGCACCCCAUGAGCAAUACUUUGCUAAAAUUCAAGAAUCAUAUCGAACCUCUAUCAAUCAAAGCUUAAUCUUUGGAACUAUUGCUGAUUUGCAUCACCAGAUAGGAGAACAUAAAAAAGCUCUUGAUUGGUAUGAAAAAGCUUUCACAACAACUACUGAUCAGCAAUGUCGUCGGCAAUUCGAAUAUAAAUACAGUAUUUUGAAAAAUAUGUUAGAACCGUGUGUUUCUUCUAAUUUUUGUGAUUAA